GAUUACAACUUCCAUAAAGAAACCACUAUGCAGAGAGAGCUCCUCGCACUGCACCCCACAGAUCUCACCAGGUCAAUGGAAGGGAGCCUCUGCCAUGAGUUCGAGACCGACCUCCCAGCCGCCGAUGUGUGGGAGGUCUAUGGUGGGCUCCGUCUCGGGCAGCUAGUCCCCCAGUUGCUCCCUCAUGUGCUCCCUAAGGUUGAUCACCUGGAGGGAGAUGGCGGCGUUGGGACAGUUCUGCUCGUCUAUUUCCCUCCUGGAGCUGCUGGGCCAAGAACACACAAGGAAGUAUUCACCAAGAUUGACAAUGAAAACUACAUCAAGGAGGCAACCGUAGUUGAAGGAGGCUUCCUAGAUCUUGGCUUCAAGAAGUUUAUGUUUCGCCUAGAGAUUAUAGCGAAAGAAGAAAAUUCGUCACUGAUACGAUCUAGCAUUGAGUAUGAAGUUAACGACGACCAUAAAAGCAAUGCCUCCCUUGUCAGUACUGGUGCUGUAGCUGCCAUCGCUGAGGUCAUCACUAAGUAUAUCAAGGAGCAGAAGAGUUCCAAGCAAGGGGCGGACAAAGAUUAGAAGCAGACAGGAUCCAGCAGAGGUGGCGCGCAAACUAGUUCAAGAAAAUUACCUUCUUAUUUUUAUCCACUGUGCGUUGAUUCGACUUGUUGUCAUGCUAACGGACAUCAGUGCUCUGUUUCCUUCCCUCUGUUUCUCCCUUGCUCUUCUCCUCUGCUUUUGUGUUCAGUUGAACAUCACAUGUUUGAUCGUCCACCUUCCUCUACUUCGAAUGUAUCGAGGUUGUAUCUGUUAAUUAGGUUUGGUU